AUGCGUAAUCUACAACUUUGGCGAAGUACUUCAAGAAAACUUGAAUAUUUAAGUGAAGAAAUAUCAUGCGCGUGUUAUGGUCACCAUGGAGGUUGUCCAGCUGGAGAAUUGUUUUUAUGUACACAUAACCUAAUAGUGCGAUGUUUUGGUAAUGAUGGAAGACUCAAGUGGUCGAAAGAUCUUUCAGAGAUCUCUUCCCUAAGAAAUACGCCAGUCAACAUAGUAUACCUAAGUUUAGUAAACACCCUGAGUAUUGGACUAUCAAAUGGUGAAAUAUUUGGAAUGACUGAAACUGGUGCUAAUUGCGAAUUAAAUGGUAUAUGUGAGGAUGGAAUUCUGGCUAUGGAAUGGAGCCAUGACCAGGAACUAUUGGCAAUAGUCACUAAAGACUACAGGGUUAUUGUAAUGUCUUGCACAUAUGAUAUUGUCAAUCAAGUGGAGUUACUCACAGAAGAAUUUGGUGCAAAAGAAUUUAUUACAGUUGGGUGGGGAAAGAAAGAAACUCAAUUUCAUGGUUCAGAAGGAAAGCACGCUGCUAAGGCUAAAAGUGAUUUCUUUGUUGAUAAACACGCCCUCAUCAAUAAUCAGGUAUUGAUAUCUUGGAAAUAUCAUGGCAGUCUUUUUGCUGUUGGAUUCACUAUGGAAGGAAUAAGACGAUUUAAAGUAUUUGAUAGAGGAGGGAAGCUUCUCUACACUAGUGAGAAACAACAAGGACUGGAGGCAAAUCUUGGUUGGCGUCCAAGUGGCAACACCAUUGCUACAACUCAGAAACUGUCAGAUAAAUAUACUUUAACAUUUUUUGAAAAGAAUGGCUUAAAACAUGGCGAAUUUGAAAUACCACUAACGGAAGAGGUUCAAAAAAUACUAUGGAGUCAAGAUUCUGAAAUUUUGACAUUAGCUUGUAGAGAUUCAAAAGAUCGCACACCAAAAGUGUUGCUAUAUACAAGCACUAAUUAUCACUGGUACUUAAAACAGACCUUGACAUUCACCGGACAUACUAAAAUUAGCAAAAUUAUGUGGGAUAAUGAUUUUGAUAUAUCUAACAACAAAAAACUUCAUAUCCUGUUCAAAAAUGGGCAAUAUUACACAUACACAUGGGUCUGGGAUGUAGACCAUAGCACUGGAAAAUGUGAUAAAGAUGAUGCAAUUGUUUCCGUGAUAGAUGGAAAAAAAAUUUUGGUGUCAUCCUUUAGACAUUCUGUUGUUCCACCUCCAAUGGCUAAUUUUGAAAUUGAGAAUGAGAAUUUUGUUGAUUCAAUUCAGUUCCUGCUUGAACCAAAAGAUGACACUGAUUUUAAUACAUUUUUCAUCUGCUCUUUUAAUAAAUUAACUUUUUACCAGCAGACACAAAAGAAACCCCUUAAAUAUAAAAUAUCAAAUACCAUUAGCUUGGACCCAUUUGAGUUUCCAUUCCAAUAUUACAACUGGUAUUGGUGGAAGAAAGAUGUACUUGCUGUCAUUCAUUUAGACAGUGAUAGUAAUUAUAGAAUGAUUUUAUUUACAAUUAUAAAUGAUACUUUACAAGAGAUUUACUCUAAACAUUUACCUGCAGCUGUAGUAAGAAUUCACUCCCAUCCCUUAAUACCAAAACUUUACCUUCAUAUGGAAACAGGUAAAGUUAUGGAAUACAAUUCUGAAGGUUUAGAGGAAUUAGCGGAAUCAUUUCCAGUUGCUUGCCCAAAGUUUUGUGUAUUACCUAUUGGUGAUUUGGGCUACUUUGUUGGACUUACCCAUAAAGGAUUAUUAUAUCUUCAAGACAAAGUUAUAAUGAAUAAUGUGGGGUCAAUCUUUAUACACACUGAUUAUUUUCUCAUUACUUCGUUGAAAAACUUUUUGCUCUGUACUAAGCUUACACAAGAUGGUUUGGGAGCUGUAAUUGACUAUGACAACACUGAAUCACCUGAUGUUUAUAAAAGGAGAGUAGAAAGAGGAUCAAAAAUUGUUGUAGUAGUACCAAAUGAUACAAGAACUGUACUUCAAAUGCCCAGAGGAAAUCUAGAAGUAAUUGAACCACGGCCACUCUCUCUAAAAAUUGUAGGAGAGCACUUAAACUCUCUGAAAUAUCUUGAAGCAUUUGAUUUAAUGAGGAAACAAAGGAUCAAUCUCAAUUUAAUUUAUGACCAUAACCCACAACGCUUUAUAACCAACAUUGAUAAAUUUUUGAAUACUAUAACAAACAAUUCGUGGCUUAGUCUCUUCUUGACAGAUUUGGAAAAUAAAGAUGUGACCAAAACAAUGUAUGCAACCAGCUAUAUUCACACGAAAGAAAAUAAGGACUGUGAUAACAAAGUGAACUAUAUAUGUGAUGUAGUACGACAGUGUCUUACUAAUGGAUCAGAUAAAUUAGGAAGAGUUUUGCCACUAUUGACAACUUAUGUCAAAAAGAACACAAUCCGUGAUCUAGAAGAUGCACUACUUAUAAUAAAAGACCUUAAAGUACAAGAGUUAAAUGGUAUUAAACUGCCAGUAUCCUCCGAUGAAGCAUUAAAAUAUUUACUGUAUAUAGUUGAUGUUAAUAAACUAUUUGAUGUUGCCCUAGGAAUGUAUGAUUUUGAUCUUGUUCUAUUGGUAGCCAAUAAGUCUCAAAAGGAUCCAAAGGAAUACAUACUAAUGAUGAAUGAACUAAAUUCAAUGGACGAAAGUUACAGACGGUUCACUAUAAACAAAACAUUAAAAAGAUAUAUUCAAGCUAUUGAAUGCCUUAUUCAAUGUGGCCAGAGUAGACAUGAAGAAUUAAAAACGUUUGUAAAAUAUCAUAGUUUGUAUAGAGAUGCUCUAAAAAUGCUUAAGCCAAAUGAGAAUAUAUACAAAGAAAUAUGUGAAGAUUUUGGCUCAUUUUUGAAAUUGAAGAAACAACAUUUAGAAGCAGGUAUAAUGUUUGAAAGGGCAGAAAAUAUUGUAAAGGCUAUUGAAUGUUAUAGAGAAGCACUGGAAUGGGAAUUAGCUAUGAAAUUAAUACAACAAUUGCCACAUAAUGAAUAUAAAAGCAUAUGUUGGGAUUUCGUGGCUGCAUUAAAGCAGGAAAAACGACACAGUGAAGCUGUUAGAAUUUUAGAAAUUCUUGGUGAUAGUAAAACAGAAGUCUUGAAGUAUGCUGUUGAGAAUGGCGAAUUCAAAUCCGCAAUUAGACUAUGCGACGCAUACAAUAUGCAUGCACUUUUAGAAGCGGAAGUUCAACCUGCAUUACUAGAGGAGUACAGCAAUCUAAAAGAUCUGUUAGAGACGAAUCUAGAAGCUUUCAAAAAAUAUAAGGAUCGUCUGGAAGUGGUCAGAGAGCUAAAAAAGAAAGCCCCACCAAGGAAUGAAAACAUUCCAUAUUACAAUAGAGAUUUUGAUUUGUAUUCAGAUGUUGGAAGUACUUUGGGUUCAUCUACUGGGUCUAGUCGGUCAUAUAGAUCAAGUAAGAAUCGUAGGAAACAUGAGCGAAAAGUGGCGUCCUUAAAGGAGGGCUCGCAAUAUGAAGACACGGCCCUAGUAAUGGCACUACACUCGCUAGUCACGGCUACGUUUGAGCUUCGUCCACACGUCAGAGAAAUAAACUUAGCACUGUGUAGUUUAUAUAAAGACGAUGAGGCUAGGAUACUUCAGUACCUAUUGGACAAAAUUCUUCAAGAGAUGAAAGACAGUUUUAAGCAGAUCUGGACGAAUAACCUUGUUAUAGAAGCAACGAACGCCGUUAUUACAGCAGAACAAAAUAUUCCUGAAGGGGGUAGUAUCAUACGUCAGGGUAUUGCUACCUUGGAGCCUCAUGUGAGAAUAGCUCCCGUUAUUCAAGACAUGCAUUGGAAAUUAGAUUUAGAUUAA